AUGAGCUCGUGUCCACAGAAGAGGCUACUAACGAAAGAUGACAUGGAGAUAUGGGAUUCCAGUCAAACGAAGAAGGAGCUUAUAAAUUUUAUAACUGACUUAGCAGAAGCCGUUAAGGAUCGCGAUAAUACACAGUUUAAAGAACCUAUUUCGGCAGAAGUAAGUUCGACACUAGCUCUACUGGAUUCAGUUCUGUCAGUGGUGGACGAGCAUCCAGUUUUAAAUGACACUACAUCCAGAUUUGGAAAAACUGAAUUCAGAUCAUUUUAUCAGGAUGUGAAGUCAAAUUGCCACAAUUUGCUAUCAAAGGCAUUUGAUACCCUUACGACAAAUCAAAUUGAACAGCUAUCUAUUUACUUUUACGAAUCAUGGGGUAAUGAGGAGAGAAUUGACUAUGGCUCCGGCCAUGAAUUGAAUUUCAUUUGCUUUCUUUAUGGUUUGUACAAAUAUGACGUAUUUCGAUUAGAAAGGGACUCCACCAAUAUCGUCAUCUUAGUAUUUGUUAAGUACUUGAAGAUAAUGAGACGUUUGGAGACUUUAUAUUGGUUGGAGCCUGCUGGAUCACACGGUGUAUGGGGUCUAGAUGAUUAUCAUUUUCUACCGUUCCUAUUUGGUGCAUUUCAAUUGUCAAAUCAUAAGCACUUAAAACCAAAAUCUAUUCAUAAUGAUGAAAUUGUAGAUAUGUUUAAAGACAAGUAUCUAUAUUUUGGUUGUAUAGCAUUUAUUAACUCUGUAAAGACAACAGCAUCUUUACGGUGGCAUUCCCCCAUGUUGGAUGAUAUCAGUGGAGUGAAAAAAUGGUCAAAAGUUUCAGAAGGUAUGAUAAAAAUGUAUGUUGCAGAAGUGCUAAGCAAGUUACCAGUCAUGCAACAUUUUUACUUCAGUGAAUUUUUAGCCUGUCCCACUGGGAUCUCGCCAUAUGAUGAAAGGAAUGAACAUUUGGAGAGUGAACACGUCCACAGUGGUUGGGGUGACUGCUGUGGUAUCAAAAUUCCAAGUGCAGUUGCAGCUACGGAGAUGAAUAAGAAGGGAGCACAUUACAAACCAAUGCCAUUUGACUGA